AUGGAAGAUGCACAAAAUAAUGCAGAAGAAGAUUACAUAGAAUUGGAGGUAAUUAACUCAUCAAAUUCCACCAUUUCUUUGUUCCAUUUCAAAACCAACUCUCCACCACAAGCACCAAGAUCAUCAGAAUUUGAAUUCCAAAUGUUGUCUAGUAAUUUUAUUGAUAGUAAAGACACUAAUACAUCAAUAUCUACAGCUGAUGAACUCUUUUACAAUGGCAAACUCCUCCCACUUCACCUCCCUUUUCGUUUACAAAUGCUUGAGAAUAUCCUUCACAAUUCAACAAUAACAACAUACCCAAUCUAUUCCCACAGGUGGGAUUUGGGGAGGGUAGCGAAUACGCAAACCUUACCCCUAUCUUAUGCAGGUAGAGAGGAUGUUUCUGAAAGACCCUCAGCUCGUGUAAGCAAUAUCCUUCGCAAUUCAAGCAAAAACAAAUCUCUUCAUAUUAGCAAAAGUUUUGAUGAUCUUGAACAAUCUUUUAACACCCCAUUUUUCCAAUCUUGUAAUGUUAGUUGUGAACUCAAUAAUCCACAAGAUUACUUGUUUGGCUACUCAACAGAUGAUGAAAUUAUUUCAAGAAAAUCAAAGUGGACUUCAAGAAAGCUUAGGCUUAUCAAGAACCUCUCAUUUGAUUCAAAAAUUAAGUCUUCAAAAGGUUAUCUCAAGUGUUUGAUUAAUAAUAGUGUUAAAUUAGUAGCCAAGAAUGAAAUAUUUGGGAAAAUUAUUCAUAAUAAAGGUGCAUAUAAUCAAAGAAAGUCAUCAUUCUCAGGAGCUAUUAAAAGGUUCUUGACAUCUAAAUCUUCUUCUUCUUCUUCUUGUGGCUCCUCAAAUAACUCAAAUGGGAUUAAUCAAGAUGUGCAUAAUUUGUUAAUGAGGAGGAGAAAUGUGUAUUAUUCCGAGGUUGAAGAUGAGAAUCCAAUUCAGGCUGCAAUUGCUCACUGUAAAAAUUCUCAACAACAGAAGUUCCAUUCAAGAAAGAGUAAUGGAAGUGAGCUUGGACUUGGCAGCUCAGUGUCAGCUUCCAAGUUGAUCUUUCAAGAACAAGAAAGAUCAGGACUUUGCAGGGGUUAG